UCCCAGCUCCUCGUGCCACUCAGCCCACUUGCUGGCAGGAUAGCAUGAGAAGUUGAGAAACCCAAAUGUCUGCCCAGCACUGCUCAGCUGCAACUGAAACAUCAUCGUGUUACCAACACUGGUUUUCUCCUAAGGCCAGAGCAUGGCAUCAUAGCAGACACGUGGACAAAAUCAGCUCUGUCCAACCUGAAACCCUCACGCUUGUCAUUGAUUCUACCCAGUGCUGAGGUGAAGGGAGCAGUGGGCUUGGAUUUCCCUGCAGCUGGUGUCCCCUUAGCAUCUCGUGAGCUCACCUCCAAGUACAACCCAGGUGAAAAAUGAGGCACGAGCCAAAUCCUGCAGUGGGCCAGAUUGUUUUCCUGUCUUCAGGGCACUUUACACCUGUUGUGUGGGGGAAUUCUGGGAGAACAGGUUUGUCUAGUAAUCCUAGGUGGAGCAGAGAUGAAUUAUCAGAUGAGCCUGAGGGUGCUUUUCAGAUCCUCCAUAGAGCUCCCUGUCUUUGCCUGUAACUCCUGGCGUGCAGCUUGUUUGGAGACUGUGACCUAGCCAAGCCUGAAGUCUUAUUGCAGAUGGAAAGAGGAGAGCCAUGUGAACCAGCAGAGCCAGGCCUGGAGGGCACGGCGGUGUCCCUGAAGCCAGCUGCAGAACCCGACGGUCCUGGCUGUGCGAGCGGUGAAGCCCUGCUGCAGGUGGAGACAGAGCAGUCUUCUACAGGGAGAUGCAGGAGCCUGGAGGACAGCAGGAGCCCUUCGGAUGCAUCUGACAGUAGUGCACACGAGUGUCUGGCGAGUCCACCGAAGCGAGGGACCCUGAGCCCUGGCUGUGCCUCACCUGAGGUCGUAAUCCCCGCCUCUGCCCUUGUAGCACACGUUCCUCAGGAAGCCAUAGGAGCUCCAGCAGAUCUCAGCCACCUGGCUACCUCCCCUCCCUGCCCCAUCCCCACGUGCUGCCAGGAAGUGCUGACCUUGAGCCUGCCUCCAUCUCUUCCUCCUGCAGCAGCAGGUGCUGAGGUGGGGAUCCCAGGAGAGGUCCUGCAGGAGCGGAUCGGUGCCGAGGAGGGUCUGCAAAAGGAGGACUUGAAAGGUGCAGGGAACAGCGGCCAGUGUGUGGCAGCGGAUGCUCCUGAAGAGCCGAGCAAGGAGGAGAUGCCAGACCUUUGCCAAACAGCAGCACACGUGGAGCCCAGCAGCUCGGCUGAUCUGCUGGCAAAGCCAGAGGAGAGCGUGGGCAGAACCGCUGCCUGCCAGCGAAACUCCUCCCGAGAGAAGUUCUACAGGUGCGUGGUGUGCGGGAAGAACUUCCUGCUCAAGAUCAACCUCAUCAUCCACCAGAAGAGCCACAGCAACUGGGUGCCGUACAUCUGCAUCGAAUGCAACCAGACCUUCAAGUCCAAGAAGAAAAUCCGGCGUCACCUGCGGAUCCGGGCGGCCACGGGGUUCUGCCCACCCUCCGACACCGAGGGGGGCUCCAGCCUGGCGCCCUGCAGGGCCGCCCAGCCCCACACCCAGGGCAGCAGCACCAGGGAGCAGUGGGAGAAGUCCAACCCCAGCCGGUUCCCACUGUCUCCUCAGAAAAUUACGUAUACGUGUACCGAAUGCAUGGAGAACUUCUCCAGCCAGAAGUUUCUGGUGCUGCACCAGAGGACGCACGCUGACCGGCAUCACUUCACCCUGUGUCUCUGCUGCAAUAGGAGCUUUGUCUGGGCCUCCGAGUUCGUCCACCACAGCCAGAGCGACGCGGGCAGGAAGCGCUACUGGUGCAACGAGUGCCAGAAAGCCUACAAGCAGCUCCACUGCUCGUGAGGGCACCAGAAGAGCGACAUGAGAAGGGAGAGCCCGCAUGAGUGCGGCAGCAAACUGCCUCUGUGCUCUGAGCCUGUGUAGGGGAGGGGGAGAGGAGGGCGAGGGGGCACUUCUGAAGAUGGGGCUGCUGCCUGCUCUUCUCUCUCCAUCCUCGACCGUGGGCUCUGGGCAUUGUGGCUGGACCAUCCCACCCUGCCUGGCGCCUAUGGCUGUGUGCUCCUCUUCCUGAAGGUGGGAGGAGCAGCUGUGAGGAGCUGCUUUGGGGCUCUGGCUGUGGGAAUUGGGUUCCUCCCCACAGCUGCAUGUAGCUCUGCUGUGCUGCUGCUGGGAAACCUCCAGCUUUGUCACCUUUAUACAGACACCCUCCAGCACAUCCGUGUCCCGCUGCAGCAUCCCAUGUCUGUGCCCUUCGUGGAGCUCCUGCGGGUCCUUGCUGCUGCCCUGAGGUCUACCCCUCCCUGGCUGCCAAGCCGGGGGCAUUUUAGAGCCAUGACGGGAAGAAUUCGGGGGUAAAAUGGUGGAAUUGGAGGGAGCGCUGCAUGUGGGGUGGGCACUGCUGGUGGGCAGCGAGGGAACGAGAGUGGGUUGUGUUGGAAAAUAACGCGUGUUGGAAAAUGAUGUGGGGAGGGGUUCCCUGUGCCUGUAUGAUGGGGGCCGUGCUGUGGGGCAGGCUGGUUAAUGGGCUAAUUAAAC